GACAAACCGGUAUCUUUCCGUGUGUAGAGAGAGAGAGUCCAAUCCAUCACUAUCGUGUUUCUCCUCCGACAAACUCUGUCUGAGACUCCGAGGAAGAGUGAGUGAGAGAGAGAGCGAUAGACAUGGAGAGCAGCGAGGAAGACGACGACUUGCCCUCCAUCGAAAGCAUAACUCCUCAAUCAAAGAUCGAUUCUGUUCACCAAUCUCUCACCGAAAAGGGGAUUAGAAAGCUGUGCUGUGAGCUUUUGGAUUUAAAGGAUGCUGUGGAGAAUAUGUGCGGUGAUAUGCGUACCAAGUACCUCGCUUUCUUGAGAAUAUCUGAAGAAGCGGUGGAGAUGGAGCAUGAGUUAGUUGAGCUACGGAAGCAUAUAUCUUCCCAAGGGAUACUUGUUCAGGAUCUGAUGUCUGGACUUGGCCGUGAGAUGGAUGAAUGGAAACGAUCCUCUGGUGAUGCAGAUGACUCAGAUAGCUUUGAGGAUAAUGAGCCAUUGCCUAAUGAAAUAACCGAUCCAAAGUCUGAGUUCCUGGAGAAGAUUGACCUUCUUUUAGCUGAACAUAAAGUUGAUGAAGCACUUGAGGCGAUGGAUGCAGAGGAAAGAAACAGUCCUGAACUUAAAGGAGCAGCUGAGAUGUCCUCUUAUAAGUCUGCUUUUACCGAAAGAAAGGCGGUUCUUGAGGAACAGCUUCUUAGGAUCGCUAAACAACCUUCCGUUAGUGUUGCUGAGUUGAAGCAUGCGUUGAAUGGGUUGAUCAGAUUAGGAAAAGGACCUUCAGCUCACCAACUGCUUCUCAAGUUUUACGCCACAAGCCUACACAGAAGAAUCGAGGCCUUUCUUCCUUCAUGUUCAACCUGUCCAAACACGUUCCCAGCCACACUCUCUAAGCUUGUUUUCUCUAAUAUCUCAUUGGCAGCAAAAGAAUCCGCAGCCAUGUUUGGUGAUGAUGACAACCCCGCGUACUCCAACAAAGUUGUUCAGUGGGCAGAGAGGGAAGUUGAGUAUCUGGUUCGGUUGGUUAAAGAGAACGCAGCUCCUUCCGAGACGGUUUAUGCCUUGCGUGCAGCGAGUGUGUGUCUUCAAGACUGUCUUAACUACUGCAAAGUGUUGGAACCACAGGGGUUGAUUUUGUCUAAGCUGUUCUUGGUUUUGUUCCGGCCUUAUGUUGAAGAAGUGUUGGAGCUUAAUUUUAGACGGGCGAGAAAGGUUAUCUUUGACUUGAAUGAGACUGAUGAAGGGUUAGAAUCAUCUUCUGACUUUGUUGCGGUGUUAUCUGAGUUUGCAAUCGCUUCAGACACGACAAUGACAGAUUGUAGCAUCCGGUUCAUGCAAAUUGUGCAAGACAUACUUGAGCAGUUGACACAUCUAGCUGUGCUACACUUUGGAGAAAGUGUGUUAGCGAGGGUUCUGCAACUGUAUGAUAAAUACAUCGACUUUCUAAUCAAGGCCUUACCUGGCCAUGCAGAUGAAGACGCUCUUCCAGAGCUUCAAGAUCAUACCAUUCUCACUAGAGCCGAGACAGAUUCAGAGCAGCUUGCUCUUCUUGGAGCUGCGUUCACAAUACUAGACGAACUUUUACCAAAAUCGCUUGUUAAAGUCUGGAACCUCGAGAUCGAAAACGGUGGAGGAGAUGGUGGUGAUAGUAGUACUAGUAGUCCUUCUCUGAUCAGUAGCUCUGCACCGGAGUUGAAAGAGUGGAAACGCCACAUGGCUCAAUCAUUUGAUAAACUUAGAAACUACUUCUGCCUCCAGUUUGUGUUGAGUUUCAUCUACUCUAGGGAAGGACUAACACGGUUAGAUGCACUUAUCUAUUUAACAGAGACUCCAGAUGACUUGCAUCUUCCCUCUUUACCGUUUCAGGCAUUGUUCUCUAAGCUGCAACAGUUAGCCAUCAUUGCUGGGGAUGUUCUUCUUGGAAAAGAGAAGCUGCAAAAGAUUCUACUAGCUAGAUUAACCGAGACGGUUAUAAUCUGGCUAUCAAACGAGCAGGAGUUUUGGAGUGCGUUCGAGGACGAGUCAACUCCACUUAAGCCAUCUGGGUUGCAACAGUUGAUACUGGACAUGAACUUCACAGUGGAGAUAGCGAGGUUCGCUGGUUAUCCAUUUAAAGUGGUACAGAACCAUGCAUCAGUGGUGAUCAAUAGAGCCAUCAACAUCUUCUCCUCAAGAGGCAUCAACCCACAAAGCUCACUCCCGAAGGCGGAGUGGUUCACGGAAGCAGCUAAGUCAGCUAUCAACAGGCUACUCAUGGGGUCUGAUGAAGCUUCAGAAGCCGAAGAAGAGUAUGAGUGUGAAGAGGAAGAAGAAGAAGAAGAUGGUCACAUAGUUCUCCCUGAGAUAGACGAUGAUGAACACUCAGAUUCUCUAGAAACUUCUUCGCUAUCUACAAUGGACUCGUUUGAAUCAUUUGCUUCAGCGAGCAUGGCUGACCUUGAGAGUCCCAGCUUCACCGACUCUGAGUCCUGACCAGUCUUUGUCUUACGUUGUUAUGUUUUGUAUCAUGUUGUUGUCUCUCAAGUCAAGUUAAUUACUUAUUUAGUUAGACUCCUUAACCAAAUAUCCAUUUGCAAAUUAAAUUUCCGGUUAAGGUCGGUUAUGUUAACAGUCAAAGCCCAUUUGUGGCCCAUUUGGUUCUCGAGUGUUCAUCAACGAUAAUAGAAAAAAAAAAAUUAAGACAUUUGUGGCCCA